AUGGCUGACGGUUCUCGAACAGCACUGAGCCCUUCUGCAGCAAAGCCUUCCUCUCAAGCGGGCUCCCAGCAGGGGGGUGUUCCUUUUGGCUCCCAAAAGUUGGCUUCCACCCAAAAAGGAGAGGACUGGGAAGGCGUGGAUGGGAGUGAACUGAUCUUUCCCUUGGAUAACGAUGAGGAAGAAGCCGCCGCUGAUCCACCCGAAACCUUCUCCCUGUGCGAAGAUACAAGACAAGAGGAAGCCCAUCACGCGGGGUCCAUCCUCCAAGUGCCACUCCCUCUUCCGUCUCCUCCUCCGGAGUCCGAUUUCUUGCUCGCUGCUCCCCUUUCCACCUCUCCUAGUUUCCCGCAGAGAUCGGCUAAGCUCAUCAACCCGCAAGGCCCAAAACCACUCAUCAACUUAGUGAAGUCCCUCUCAACCGAGAUCGAAUCCCAAGACAGCUCCUCCUCCCUCAAGCCCCAGCCGCUGCUGAGCUUGGUCAAAUCCAUUUCCACGGAGAUCUCCCGCCUGGAGCCCGAGGUGACGCAAUCCAAGUCGGACUCCAAGCUCAACGUCCACCGGUGGCAUCAGAUCACCCUACCCAAGAGCAAAAAUGGGGACUCCAGGACGGCCCCUUCUUCGCCCAGCACGUCCCCCUUGGAGAGCAAAGGCAGCUUCUUCAAGGCCCAGGAAGCCAAGUUCGAGGACACCAAAAGGCGGUUCUCAGAGGCCAUGCAGGAACCACUCAGUAGGCUCAGCAAAAUCAUAGGGGACGAGAAUAACAUUUCUGCAAAACAGAAGUCCGCCAAUUCUGGCAACCAUGACCACGAGGCUCCUCCCAGCCUCCGCAGAGAUCCCUCCACAUUGGAUGCCAAGAGCGAGGGCCCCAGCUAUCAGCAUGGAGCCAUGCUGGGUCAGUCCUGCCGAAGGAGUCAAGCGGAGGAACGUUUGCCCUUGGAACAGAAAUGGGGGCCUUCCUCGAACUGCCAGUACGAAAUCUGCUCCUAUGGCGACGUCAUCCAGGUGGUGGAGGUGGCUCAGGACAAAGGGACCGGGGAGGAUGAAGUGCGGACGAUCAGGCCUCUGGAGGUCUUGUACCCUGCCCAGCCAGGCAGCACAGUGCCAUGCAAAGCCCUUGCCUGCAUCGCCCUGUUGGCCUACAACUACUUUGUCCUGCCUCUACCCCCCUACGUCUCCGGCCUCUUCCUCGGCUUGGCCUGCGGGUUCAUGUUGGGUUUCCUGAUCAUCCUACUCUUGGUGCCAAAGCGUCCCCUCUCUCGGAGGAAAACACGCCCCCCUUGGGACAAGAUUCCGUCGGAGAUGCUGAAUCAGCACCCCCAAGAACCCAACACACUUAAGGGAUGGAUGAAUGAAAUGUACUUCUACGAUCCUGAGAUCUAUCACCCAUCUAUGACCCAUUCUGUGUUUGUGACCUUGGAAGAUUCCUCCGUGAAGCUCUCCUAUCCCAAAAACAAUAUCCCCCGGCGGGCGACCUUUGAGGAAGAGAUCUCAGAGGUGGCUUUUGUGAGUCACCACCGUUAUGAUCUGCAUGGCGCAAAGGUCUUCCUCUUUCCACCUGGGCUGGCUCGGAAGAGACUGUGGAACAAGAAAUACCCCAUCUGCAUUCUCUUGCCGGAGCAAGAUGACCUGGGCAGCAAGGGGUCGGCCGAGCACAAUGUGGACCACCCAAAAGAGAAGAGUGCUAAGAAGCAGCAGCCUCCCAGCCAGGAGACCCUUCUGAAGCCCCCAGCUGACCCCCGGGAAAGGACUCUUUACCUCUUUGGCAGAACGGGAAGGGAGAAGGAAGAAUGGUUUCAGCAUCUCAUGAGGGCCUCCCGGGCUGACUGCUCCAAGCUGCACAAUGCCAGUCAAAGGGUUAACCAGCUCAGCCCAUCAGGGAGAGGGACGCACAGCAACAGCAGCAGCCGGGGAAGUACGGAAGACCUCCCUUCUCUGGUCAAGCCCAAGGAUCUGGUCGGGAACGUGUGGGAGAAGCUGCUGCUGGAUUACAACACGUACAUGUCCCGGAUCGUGCCAACGGCAAACAGCUCCAGCUCUCCCGAGAGUCCCUGCCCCGGUAUGGCUGGCAGCCUGACUCCCAAAAAGUGUCUCGGAGAUGUGAAUGCCCCCAGCGAACCACAGACGGCGUGGGUCAACGCCGUGCUUGGACGGAUGUUUUGGGACUUCCUACAGGAAAAAUAUUGGGCGGACCAGGUCUCAGACAAGAUUCAAAAGAAACUGGGCCGGAUCAAGCUGCCCUAUUUUAUGAAUGAGCUCACACUCACGGAACUGGACAUGGGGACCUCCAUCCCACACAUCAUCAGCGUUUCCAGCCCAACUGUUGACCAUCGAGGGCUUUGGGUAGACAUGGAAGUGACCUACAGCGGAUCCCUGCAGAUGACCCUGGAGACAAAGAUGAACCUGUGCAAGCUGGGCAAAGAAGCCCUGGCAGAGGAGAGUGGGAAGGCAGAUGCCGGUGGGGAAGGCGUCAAGCCCCGGUUGGUCCUACUGGCCGACAGCGAUGCCGAGUCUUCCAGCGCCGGCUCCUCUGACGAAGAAGAUCUUUCCACCGUAGAGCCUUCAGGAGUCUCAGGAGACAGGAACAUCCCCCCCGGAGGCGAAGGCCAUGGCGGCGGCAACAGCACGAGCCGGAAAAUCCUGCGCCUGGUGGACAAGAUCGCCAAGUCCAAAUACUUCCAGAAGGCCACUGAGAACGAAUUCAUCAAGAAGAAGAUCGAGGAGGUCUCCAACACCCCGCUGCUGCUCACUGUGGAGGUCCAGGAGCUGACGGGCACCUUGACGGUCAACAUCCCUCCCCCCUCGACGGACCGAGUCUGGUACAGUUUUAGGAUCCCCCCACAGCUGGACCUGAAGGUCCGCCCGAAGCUGGGAGAGCGGGAGGUCACCUUCAUCCACGUCACCGAAUGGAUAGAGAAGAAACUCCAGCAUGAAUUCCAGAAAAUUUUAGUGAUGCCAAACAUGGACGACCUCAUCUUACCUCUAAUGCAUUCCGGGUUGGAGUCCCAGAUGCCUGUGGAGGAACCCCCGAAGGACUGCCUGGGAGACGGCGAGAAGCAGUGUUGA